AUGGAAGCCAAUGCAGACGAAGAAAUCACUUAUUUGUUCGCACUGUUUACUGCAAUACUGAAAUCACCCCUCUGCCUCACAAUGUCGUUUUUGUCUACGAUCCUCUUGCCACCCGGAAAGCGCUACCCUGGGAGUGUAAGUCCACUUGGACGAGUGGACUAGACUAAAAGAUAAUGGAAAAAUCCGAGCCAGUCCCUCACGGCAGUCGUUUUCCAAGCCUGAAGGGACCUAAAGUACACGGACAAGGAGGCAUUGUAUGAUAAAAGGUAUAGUCAGAGGCGACCCGGACCGGUUGUAGCGUACCCACCAACCUGCCGAACACCGCGGCAGCCGGGAGCAGGCAAACCGCUCUGGUAGGGGGUUUGCAACGUAAAACGUGACCACAGGCGAAAAAGAUUAAAGAAAACCGCACACUAAGCCUCUGGGUUUGUCGGACGCCUAAUCCGGAGAAAUUGAAAGGAAGAGCACUCCCGAAUGCUCAAAGAGGCAUCUUUACCCCCGUUCUUGGGUGACGGAGUGUGGGAGCCGGUAGGCUGAUGGUUAAGGAAAGACAACCACCGUUGGUGGUAUACGUUAGUGGUACGCACGAACACCGAAAGGCAAGUCCCGGCGCAACGGCCACAAAAGACAAAGCGCACCUACCAAGCAGGUAUGAAUCUAACCCCGGCGCCCUUUCGCCUAUGCGCGAAACGUAUAUCACGUAAGUGGGGGUGGGAAGUUGUGACGAAAGCAGUAAAACCGCGUCCCCAUUCUCGGCCAGCCCUCUCGAUGAAACGUCAACUGCUGUAGCAGAUUCCGACAAUGCUUAGGUAACGGGAGGGCAAGUAGUCACUGGACGAGAAUCCAGCGGUAUUACCGAAGCAACCCGGCCGGACGUCGCUGCUGAUCGAAUAAGUAGAAGACCGACACGACCGGCAGACGCAAGAGAUUAAUUCGCGGAGGCGAAUCUAGAGCAAACCCUCGUAUGGAAAAGUUCUAAAUUUUCGCAUGCAGCCGUUGGCUGUAUGUGUAGCGUACUUCAAUCGUAUGGUACAAGAAUGGCAGCGUAAUCUCGCCACUUGUGGAAGCAGAGAGCGAAGGCGUGCGGUAUUGUCGUGGUAGGCUGUAAAAACUGCAGGCGUAAGAUGUGACCACCUGAGAAAAACAAAAUCGGAGGCUUGCAAAGCUGAAAUACAAGUCAGUCUAACCGUCCGUCCGUCGUCCACCUGUAAGCUGCGAAUGUACGAGAAGAGUGUGGCAAUCCCAAGGCAGCAGCAUAAAGUUCAAACUGCGUUGCAGAAAGCAAGGUCGAAAAAAUAGCCCAGGAAUGGAAAACCGCAAAAGAGAUUGCGCUGGCACAAGUAUCCUAAAUCCAACCCUUUACACUACCUCUUAUAUCUAACCGUAACUCUAAAAACUCACCUUAAACCUAACCCUAAACCUAACCCCAACCCUAAAAGCCUAAUCGUAACCCUAGCUCUAACCGUAAAAAUUUAUCCUAACAACAACCCUAGCCCUAACCUUCUCUAAAUUUUAAAUUAAAUUAUAUUAUUUCAUUUAAUGCCAGUUUACAGGCAUUGUCAAGGGAAGCGUUUAAACAUAAAUCCGACCAGCAGUGAAAAAAAUUUCCUGAGCUUAAGGGAUAAAAAUAUAGCUGAUGGUGGAUUUUGUGGUUUGGAGGGCUCAGGAGAAAAAACUGCCGGCGGUGGGAGAAUAUCGACCGUCAAGAAGGGGGGAGGUUGCACGGUAUCGGAGAUUAUCAGACGUCAAAUUCCUUUCAUGAAGCUGGGAAUAGCCAAAGUAGAGGCGUUGAGGAACAGCUGGUGAGACCGGCCAUAGUGUUCAGAGACCACAAACGCCAUCGCUACGGUACAGUCGAUCAGAGUUUUCGGCACCCAAAAUUUGUGGGAGCUUUUCUGAAUGCAAAAAUCGAGUAAUAGUUCCCUUAAAUAAAGGAUAAUUUUGCAGAGUUUUCACACUCAUGGGUAGUUUAUUCUAAGUAGCAAUUGCAUUUUCAGGAAAGAUCCGACGAUAUUUAACAGUACGUGCCAGAGGCAGAAAUAAAAAGACCUCACGGUGACUGUUACGUCGUGAGUGGAUAUGAUAUCUUAAAGUGGUGACUGGGUUAAAUGUGUGAUUAUAUAAGAGUUUUAAUAGCAAAAAUAGUCCCUUUUGUAAUCUACGGAACCAUAAAGGAUCGAGGCCUUUAAGCCGGCAACGUUCUUGGUAAGACAAAUGUCGGCGUUCCGGGGUUAAAAUUCUCUUGGUUAAAAAAGUGUUGAACGUAUUCUAUUUUCUUCCGCUCAGUAGCACGAAUGAGGCUAAAUGAAACCGAACAGUAUUCCAGACCAGGUCUAACGUACAUGUUGAAAAGGCGCAUUCUAAUGUCCCUUGUUUUAAAAUUUCGGAGGAUAAACCCGGUCGUUCUACGUGCUUUGGAGACUAUCAAGGCACAGUGCUCCGAGAGAUUGAGACUCUUGGAGUAUGAUACGCCCAAAUCCUUUAUAACCCCUGGCACAUUUAUGGCGUGACCUUCAAUACUUAAUUUAGGUUGGCGGUCGUCGCCAACCACCAUGACUGAGCACUUAUGCCAGGAAAGAGAAAUGCGCCAUGUGCGGCACCACUGGGCGAAAGCCUGUAGAUCGAUCUUUAGGAGCUCAAGCACGAUGUCAUGAUCUGCCGGCUUAUAUCGAUAUGCAACUUUAAGAUCAUCGGCAUACAUGAAAGGCUUACCAUUCUGAAAUAAAUCGGGUACAUCAUUAACGAAAAGGCAAAAUAAAAGCGGGCCGAGUACACUACCCUGAAUGACUCCACUCCUCACGCGUGUGGGGUUGGAGAUAGUAUUGGAAAUCUUAACUCAUUGUGUACGAGUGCCCAGGUAAGAGGAUAAAAAAUUCAAAAGUUUGCCACCUAUUCCGAAAGAGGACAAUUUCAAGAGAAGAAGAGCAUGAUCAACACGAUCAAAAGCCUUAGUGAAAUCGAAAUAUACUGUGUAAAGUGCAAAACCAUUGUCCCUAGAUUGGAGAACAUAGUCAAAGAAAGAGAGUUGACCGGUGUCACAAGGUCGAGCUUUGAGGAAUCCAUGCUGAGCAACACUCAGUAAGCACUUCGCUGUUAAGUGACACAUCAUCUUACCUUUGAUCAAUGUCUCUAAGAUCUUCGAAACUGCAGGGAGGGUGAUUAUUGGCCAAAAGUCAUCAAAUGAUGUAGAUUUGCCGUGCUUAGGAAUGGGCAAAAAAAUGUGAUUCCUUCCACAAGGUAGGAUAAGUUUCACUUUCAAGAGUAAGAUUAAAUAUCUUGCAUAAGAGGGAUGGGAAAAUCGUGUUUGCAUCGGCUUUUAAAAUGCUUACAGGGACACCAUCAGGGCCUGGACUAUAAGAUUGACGAAAACGCCAAAUCGCAACAGUCACAUCCCACAGAGUGAAAGUUAUAGUUUCUAGAACUACCCCAGUCAAUGGCUGGAUGGUCGGAAGCGGAGUGGUCGAGUCUUCAAUAAACGUUUUGGACAGGAAAUCAUUGAAGCUAUCCGCGGUUAACUGGGCAUCAGCUAUGGGAUUUCCGAGAUCGUCUCGAAGGAUGGGAUACUGCGUCUUUCUCUGAGUUCGUAUUUUGCUAAAGAAAAGUUUCGAGACACUUAACGAAUGGUUUUCGGUAAACUGGAUCUCUUGGGCUAGCUGUUUUUCUUCAGACAAUCUCUUAGCUCGAUCAAAAAUAUCACAAAUCAAGGGCAGAACAGAAAUAUCGUUCUGAAGAAGGAAACGACGAUAAAGUCUGGGCAAUCUGCGACGAAAGGGUAAGGGUAGGAAAACCGAAUCCCCAACAUUAAUAAUUUUCUAGCGGGGGACAAAACGAGAAAUAAGCGGAUCCAAAAUUUCAUACAGAUCUGCAGUGCAAACAUUUACAUCCGAACUAAGGAAGAACUCAGUCCAGUCGUAGGAAUUAAGGUGUGUUAAUAAAUCGGUUGUGCGUGUUGAUCGGAAAUCAAGGAAAAAGUUAUACUUUGGGGACAACUUUUCGUCAGCCUCGAAUUCCAACGGUGAAACAACUAUGUCAUGGUCUGAGCCCCCGAGUGGGCCUAGGGAUGACACUGACGAUGGCGAGCAGCCUCUACAGAAAAUUAGGUCAAGUAUAUUUGAGCCUCGGGUGGGAAAAUCGACAACCUGAUUCCACAUCCCAACAUCUACAGCCUCAAGAAAUUCAUUGAGCCUUCUGGGGCCUGAAGGCGGAGACCAGCGGACUUCAGGGAGAUUAAAGUCACCCGCAACCAAUUGAUACUUAAAGCUUGAGUCGGCCGCAGCAUGAAAUGCCUGUGAGAGUAAACGAUCAAAAUUGUCAUUGGCGUUGGGAGGGCGAUAGACGCAGCCAACGAGUAAGGAGAACCUAUUUGUUAGUGCAAUCUGGAGCCAGCAGCUGCCCUCUGCUGCUGAAAAGUGCGGGAGGUCCAACGGCAAAAAUGUAAGCGUUUUCUUAACGUAGACGCAGCUGCCCCCACCACGGCUAUCUUGGCGAUCAUUUCGGAUGCAAUUGUAGCCUAGAAGAGAGAGUUUGGAGUCAGCUACUGAGGCUGAUGCCCACGUCUCAAUUACUAAAACAAUAUCAGGACAAUGAACGAACACCGGAGUCUGAAGCAAAGGCAUCUUAUUAAGUAAGGAUCUGGCAUUUAAAACAAAAAGUUUGAAGGGAAAGGCUGUUAGUUUUUGAGGGAGGUGGGCUACAUCGUCCAGUUCUGGGUCGCCCACGAAGCAAACGGUCCGGAUGCAAUCAUCCAGUUCUGCAAAAAAUUUUGUGGCAUCAAAAAAAUUCUGACGUGGAUAAAAAGGGAUAGGACUUGGGGGAGGGAAUGACGGGCAGGUAAACUGGUAACUAUUGUUAGCUAACUUAUUUUCAGCUGGAAAUCCGCGGGGUAGAUACUGCAACACAUUCCCGCCGGAACGAAAAUGAGGAUCGGAUGAGUUAACUGGUCCAGUAUGGACAUAAGCAUGAAGAAUACAUUGAUAAAACGGCCGUGAUGGAAACAGGUUAGGGGGUGGGGGACGCAUUGUUUCCAUUGGAACAAAAGGUCUAUUAAACGGUGGGAAAAUCGGCAUAUUCGGCCUAACUGCCUCGAUAUGAGGGCUGGGGGGGCAGUUGGGAACACGGUACAUUUUGAGUCGGGGUAUUUGAGGCAGCGUUCGCCGAUUGUGGAGGAAAACAUUUUAUAAUGGUGCUGGAUUUAUCGGGUGUCCGAGUGGCUGAGGCAGCAAUUGGAUUUGCCUUUGACUUAGACACAUGCUUAGGCUUAAUAGGGGUUGCUGGGGGAUUCGAUAGAGGCGUGUUUAUACCAGGCGUGGUGCUGAGUUUAAAGAGGUCAGCAUUAAAAGUAGUCGAACUCCCUACGGAAUUGACUAUGCCGUGACUUGCAUAUGCCCCAGGUGGUGUUGUAGAGGACGUAUUCAGACUGACAGUAGGUGUCAUUAUCUUGAUGUUGGUUUUUGCCGAUUUUAGUUUAUUCAGUCUUUGCUGAAGGGGUGUGACGUCUGGCGAAACGGAGCAGCGCCAUUUACGGCAGAUGUCUCUAGUCAUUUCCCUACUCGACAAGAUAAAAUCGACUUCUAUCAUGGAGAAAAGGGUAACUAGUAUCGGCGCAUAACGGCUAAGCGAGCGAAGUCGCUUAGCUUGUACGCCACUGAAACUCAGGCCACAACUUUGUAUGAACACACACGCUCCCUCCAUAGCAGAUACGUGGCUCUGAAUGUUUGGCAGUACGAAAUUAUGCUUUCGUUUAAUUCGUUCCUCAGUUUCCCAACUUAUUACCCCAAUAAGUUUAAAAGCAAGGUCAAGGUCAAGCCGCUGGUUUUAAAUUUGAAGAUGAGUGGAGGAUAUUAUUUUUAGUGGUUUUUCUGUGAGAUCUAACGAUUUUAGUACCUGUUUUUUGUUUGAAUUUCCUUAAAUACAGGCCUUUUCUCUAAGAACUGCCUGCUGCCAUCUCCUUUUCAUUUCUGCUAGUCUAUGCCCGUUGUUCACUAACCGCAUUUUGCAAUUCUCAUUUUGUGCAUCCGAUUUCUCUCUUACUGUUGUAAUUUAUUUUUACAUCGUUAGCCUCUAGCUGAAAUUCAGUCAACUUUUCUGCCAGAAGUUGUCUUAAUCACAAAUUGCCUCGAGACAAGAUGAGCCCAAAAGUCACUGGUCGACGUAAGCUCUCGGCUCUUGUAAGCAAACAUGGCCUUACUAAACGUGAGUCAGAAGCUUUACCUAAAUCGAAGUCAGAUGAUAUUACUAGUCAGUCGUCACCCGUUGUAAUUGGUCGGCAGCUUAAUCUGUCUGCAUUUGACCACUGCAAUGACUUUAUGCUAAAGUUUGGCUCUUUGCUGAAAAUUCUUGGACAUUCAUUCGACGGGAACAUCUCCGAUAUUCCCUCUGAAGAAUGUAGGCGUCUCGACUCACUUGUUCACCUGAUCGCCAGUGAAUCUAGUGAUAGACAGAAGCGUUCUUACAACUUCCUGCUAAAAAAUGUUCCUCGAUCUGCUCGGCCAAUUGAUGUUGCGACCAGUUUCCUGUAUUCAUGUGGUUUCAACUAUAAAAUAGCUGAUACCAAACGCUUGUCCUCCCGUAGUACAAAUCCACCCAUCUUAGUGAAAUUGUUUUCAUCAAUCGAAGUUGACACAAUCUUUACUCAUCGAGAGCGUGUCACUGCGUACCUAGAGAAGGCAAAAUUUUUCCUUUGUCAUGAUCUUACUCCUAUGGAGCGUAGAAUCGGGUCUCUAUUCUCACGUAACCCCACUGCUUCUCAGUCUAAUGCUCCCCAACUCGGUCAUAAUACAAGUAGCCGUAAGGAUUCAGCUUCUCCUACUCCUGCGAAAUCUGACUCCCUCCUUCCUCUUUCUCCUACAUCUCCAUCUCACUCAAGCCACUUGAAGAUUUUGCCUGCCCCUAAACUUGCAGCAGCAGCAGCAGCAGCAGCAGCAGCAGCAGCAGCAGCAGCAGCAGCAGCAGCAGCAGCAGCAGCAGCAGCAGCAGCAGCAGCAGCAGCAGCAGCAGCAGCAGCAGCAGCAGCAGCAGCAGCAGCAGCAGCCCCAUUUGUCGUUUCGUAUCCUCCGGAUAGUCCUGCUGAGACAUAUGAAAAUCCAUCUACAUCAGCUAGACCGAUAA